AUGCCCGCUGUUGGCGGCCAUAGAUACACCCCUUCGACAGCCGUCUUCCUCAACGAGGUGAUAAAACUCGUUAUUGCCCUUACAGCCGCUCUCUACGAACUCUCCUUUACAGCACAUACCUCUACGACAGCCACGUCUCUAUUUAUCACCCUUUCUUCCAAAGUGUUCUCGGGAGAUAGUUGGAAAUUAGCUAUACCCGCUAUAUUCUACACCAUUUCAAACUCGCUUCAAUAUGUUGCUAUGUCCAACCUGGAAGCUGCACGUUUCCAAGUUACAUACCAGCUGAAGAUUAUACUAGGCGCAGUAUUCGGAGUGGCAGUCCUGCGCAGGAGUCUAGCGCCUGGAAAAUGGGCAGCCCUGUUCCUUCUUUUAGCUGGCGUGGUGAUCAUGCAUCUACAACUCUCAUCUGACCCUCUCGAUCCUGAUAAUCACAAGCACGUAAAUAUACGACGCUCCCUCUCGGAUCUAUCGGACAUCUUCAUCGGACGGGCUGAAGAAGAAGCUCCCAAGCUGACAAAACGAUCAGCUACAUAUGAAGGCAUUAUUGAGGACAUGAUGCUUGCCCAUCCACGAUUGAAUGCUAACAUCGGCGUUCUAGCCACCCUCGGCGCUUGCAUCACUUCGGCAUUUGCAGGAGUAUCCUUUGAAAAGGUUCUCAAAGAUAGCCAUACCUCCACUUCAAUCUGGAUCCGAAAUGUUCAGCUAGCCAUUUAUUCUAUUUUCCCCGCCUUGUUCAUCGGAGUCGUCUUCACUGAUGGUGAAACGAUUGCUAAGGCUGGAUUUUUCCAGGGCUACAAUUGGGUUGUCUGGGCUGUGAUAAUCUCCCAGGCCAUCGGAGGACUUGCAACUUCAUUCUGCAUGACUUUUGCAGACAACUAUUUGAGACUUGCACCCGGAGGUAUCAGCAUCUUUCUGAGCACCUUGGUCAGUGCCUGGUUUUUUGACUUCAGUCCAUCGGCAAAUUUCAUCAUCGGCACUGCCAUCGUUCUCUCAGCUAUUUAUAUAUACCUCCCGGGCAUGCAAUCAGGGAUCCCCCCGAUCCGCAUACAUGCGGCGGAGAAAUCCGGGAAACCCUCCAAGAUAGAGAUCGACGAGACCAUUUCGUCUCCAAACGACUUUUCUAUCAAACUACCUACUACUCCUCUCCUUAACGAGACUGGAAUGAGUACUUCUCGACCUAGUUCGCCGAAUCGCCACCACUCACGUGCCCACUCAUCUAGAGGAUCCUAUUUCCCGAAGCAAGGUCGUGAUAAUUAA